AUGCGUGUCGCUGCUGUCUUCUCCGGCCUCCUGGCCCUCGCCUCCGCCUACUACACCCCCGACUACAGCGAGGACCCCUCCGGCAAUGCCAUCUACACCCCCGGUCUGAACCAGAUCGUCACCGCCGGCGAGGCCUUCGAGAUCACCUGGAACGCGACCACCACCGGUGACCUGUCCAUCGUCCUGCUGCGCGGCGAGAGCACCAACAUGCAGGUCCUCGAGACCCUGGCCGAGAGCGUCGACAACACCGGCUCCUUCUCCUGGACCCCCAGCACCAGCCUGGUCCCGGACACCACCCACUACGGUCUUCUGCUCGUCUGCGCCGGCACCGGCCAGUACCAGUACUCCGACCAGUUCGGCGUCGCUAACCCCUACUACACCUCCUCCUCCGCCGCCGCCGCCGCCACCUCCUCUUCCGCCACCUCCACCGCCACCGUCGUCUCGGUCUCUGCUGCCACCUCUGAUGUCUCUGCCGUCUCCGCUGUGCCCUCCGGCUACACCCUCUCCGGCUCUCAGACCAAGGGCUCCUCCUCCCUGCCCACCGGCCUGCGCAGCUCCGCCUCCGGCGCCUCGGCCACCGGCUCUUCUACUGCUUCCAGCUCCACCCCGGCCUACACCGGUGCUGCUGGCCGUACCGGCGUCAGCUUCGCCGCUGUUGCCCUCGUCGGUGCUGCUGCUCUGCUCGUUUAA